AUGAGUCUGCGCGAGCGUGUCCCGCCGCAGUACCAGAAUGGCGACGCUGCCAGGCGCGCCCCGGACGACGACUCGGACGUCGAGGAGGAGGCCAUGGCCAACGACUACCGCGAGCAGGUCCAAUACGACGGCAUGGAGGACCUCGACCGCAUGCCCUCGAUGAACAGCAACCAGGACAUCCACGCGCAACUGCAGGCCGCGGCCACCCCCCUCGAAUUCCAGGCCACGCUAGAGACCAAGUUUGCGAGUUACGACAGCUACUGCAACCUCUUCCACUACAUCCUGAACUCUGAGGGCCCCGUCGACCUGGAAGUGCCAAAUUACUACUGGGCGUGGGAUGUCAUCGACGAGUUCAUCUACCAAUUCAACAGCUUCUGCAGCUACCGCCAACGAGUCGCCCAGAAAAACGAGAAUGAGGAGGAGAUUGCGCUCCUGCGCGAGAACCCAAACACAUGGGGCUGCUACAGCGUCCUCAACCGGGGCGAGGACGCGAGUCUGUACGCUGGAGAGUACGGCAACAGGCCGCUAUACAAGAUGCUGGGAUACUUCUCCAUCAUCGGUCUGCUCCGCGUGCACUGCCUGCUCGGAGACUUCAGUCUCGCGCUCAAGACGCUCGACGAUAUCGAGCUCAACAAGAAGGCCAUGUUCGCCCGUGUCAUGGCCGCCCACUUCACCACAUACUACUACGUCGGAUUCUCCUACAUGAUGAUGCGACGAUACUCGGAUGCCAUCCGCAUGUUCAGCCACAUCCUCGUCUACGUCUCGCGGACAAAGAACUUCCAGAAGAACGCGCAGUACGAUUCCAUUACCAAGAAGAACGACCAGAUGUACGCACUUGUCGCCAUCUGUGUAGCCUUCCAGCCCACCAGGCUCGACGACACCAUCCACACUGCCCUGAGGGAGAAGUACGGCGAGCAGUUCAACAGGCUGCAGCGCGGCGGCCCCGAGUCUCUUCCCCUCUUUGAGGAGCUCUUCCGCACCGCCUGCCCCAAGUUCAUCAGCCCCACACCUCCCGACUUUGACAACCCAGAGGUCAACAUUGACCCCGUUGAGCACCACCUCCGCAUCUUCAUGGACGAGGUCAAGAACAACAUGAUGUCUCCUACCGUCAAGAGCUACCUCAAGCUCUACACUACCAUGGACCUGAAGAAGCUCGCUGGAUUUUUGGAGGUUGAGCCAGAGAAGCUGAGGUGCUGGUUGCUCGUCAACAAGCAGAGGAGCAGGCAAAUAAGGUGGGCCGAGGGUGGUCUGUUGGAUGGUGAUAUCAUUCAGGCCAGCGACCUCGACUACGCUAUGGAGGGUGACCUUAUCCACGUUUCGGAGGCAAAGGUCGGCAGGAGGCUCGUAGACUGGUACCUCCGCAACUUGGCCAGGACUUACUAG